UGUCCCACAGUCCCAACUGUGCCUUUGGCAAGGCGCUCUCUCGCGCUGAGGUAGGAUAAACUGUGGGCUAAUCUUAGGCCUACAUCAAGCUACAACCAAGAUGAGAGGAGAAGAAUUGAAAACAGUCGAUGGGUUUAUGUGUAGACUAUUUUUCUUCGGGUGUCAAGAGGAUAAUAUGACAAAUCCAAAAAGACUGUAUGCUAGGCUAGGCUAGGCUAGGCUAGAUAGGCUACCUAUAUAUUAAAAAAUAUAGUGACAUGAGUUGAGUUCAAGACAGUAGGAAGAGAAAGGCACUCAACCGUACAUCUAAUUAAAUUAUCAUGUUAAGGCGCAAUCUGUGCAUGUUAAUUGACACUGAGAUUGACAGGAUAGCAAAACAUAUUUCUUGAAGCCAUAGCCUAUGCCUACGUGUCUUGUUAACAAAGUCUCAAAUGACAACGAAAACCAGGAGGAGCUGCACUCAAAAAGCAGUUUUUCCAUUAUUUUCCUCAAGAAUUGAAUGGGUAUAUUUAUUGAAAUUACCAACCACACAUUUUUACAUUUACCUUAUUACUUGUGCCAUGCAGCUAAAACCACUGCUCUAGUGGUUUAAAUGGAACUGUGCUGUCUUGCUCACUGUGUUGUCAAGCUCAACUUGAACAAACUUAAUCCCCUAACAACAUAGCCCUCAAACACCCCGUGAGGCAUUUGUAACGUCAAAUUGUCAAAACAACCACCAAGCCUCUAAAACAGCCUCUUUUGUCAACUGUUCUGUCAUAGUAUGCUCCAGACAGAAUACAGUGCUCCCCCCUCUUGGUCAUAAUAGAAAAUGUUACUGACUGUGCCACCUGUGAGGUACUUGAGGUGCCACCAACCAAGGCAUGCAAGCCAGUGUGGCAUAUCCAUACAAACCCUCUCUGUAUAAACAACAUCAUGUCGCUAUGUCUGCCCUCUGAAUGGCUCUGUUUACAAGGCUUUGUUUAAUCUAUGCUGAAUUGCCGGAGGUGACACGGUGAAACAAUUAGCACAAACCAACCGGGCUUUAGCUACUGUUAAGUAGUCCAAACAGAUUCUGAUCUUAAUCCCCAAAACUGACUUCAUGAGGGCCUAAUCCUGUCAAUGGCAACAGAAUCCCACCCACGUCAAAACAGCCCACUGCUCUUGCCCCAGGUGCAGUAGUCACACACAGGCCCUGGUUUGUCUCUUUAUGAAACCAGAUGCAUUGAUAGGGCUUUUUUGGGCACACGGCCCAGCCUGCAGUUUGUUAAUUAGGUGGGCUGUUUUCCCAUAAUUAGCCUUAGUGGUGAAAAUCAGGGCGCAUAAUGGCCCGUGGUGGCCGUGGAUAGUCAUAGAGUUUGUGAAUGUGGAGUGUAGAUGCAAAUCCUGAAUGUUUUUAGACGCAAAUUCGGAAUGCUUAACAACAGUCUCUCCUCCAAGACUGGAAUCCAACUGGUGUUUGUGUGAGCCAACCCUGUGGAUGAAAGCGUUUCCAAAUGUAGGCUACUCUUCUGACAAUAUGGUGAACAAUUUGAAAGCGCCUUGUUUGCUUUCUGUAUCUAAACCUUUUCUAAAGUCAAUGUCCUGGUCAUCCCAUUCCAUUGCAAUCGAGACACAUCAGCAGUCUGUUAUGCCCAGGUUAAGUGUUGAUAAUGAGGUCAUAAAGUCAACAUUUUUAGAGCAGGGAUGGCCCCAUAAUCCCAUUGUUCUCAUGAAAUCCUUCUGAUAGCUGUAAACAAAGACUUAAACCCACCUCCGUUUAAUCCUGGGGCAUCUGAAUGGCAGUCCUCACAGUUUAAACAAUGUAUAUGCAGAAAUUAAGUCGCGUAAAAUAACAGAAUAAGAAAGAACCAUAGAUUGUUGUGAAGAUAUGGAUGGUCGAUAUCACCCUCAGGAUCACUUCUUUGACUUGUCUGAUUUAUUGUAGAGUUCAGCUGUUCCUACAUCCUAAUCUACUGCCAUGCUUGAAAUAAUACAAAAAGUUACAUGGCAAAGUUUUUAUUUAGCACAUUAUUACACUUUGCACACACUCACUUUUUGUAUCCAGAUGAAAUAAUUGUAGAAUUAUUCUGUCUCCCACAUGGAGGCAGAGCCGGCUCCAGGCAUAAACUACAUAAGCAGUUGCUUAGGACCCAACGGUCACCUCCUAAUGGCAAAAUAUAUAGAACAGCAGAAAACCUACAAUAAAACUGCAACAUUUUCUCUAUGCUCCACGGCAAAAUGUGUAGAAAUGCAGGAAAUGUACUUUAAAAUAUUUUUGUUCUCUCCACUGUCAAGAGGGGACACCAUUUUUUUUUCUCCUCUUGGUGGGGAGGCUCCCUAACCAAAUCUCGCUUAGGGCCCCCAAAAGGCUAGAGCUGGCCCUGCAUGGAGGGAUCAGAUAGCUAGAUUCUGGCUACAAGAUGGCCUGUGUCAGACGACUCUCACAUAAACUGGCAUCCAUUUUUUUCCAUGGACGCUCCAGCACUCCAACCUCUUCUGGCAUUCACUCUGACUGUCCACAGUGUCCAGUGUGUCUAAGGGGAAGAUUCAGAUCCUCUGUCACCCAGUGACAUCAUACCAGCGAUGUAUCAGCUGACUGACUGCCACAAAUGACCCUCUUCCGCGGGAGUGUGGCCAUUGUCAGGAGCAUUAGCUGCCUCGCAAGACUUUACUGCAGAAACACCAGUUACAGUUGUGUUAUGCCCUGGCUGUUCCGUACAACCAAUGUUGGAAUGAAUCUGUCUAAUUCACUACUACAAGGAAGCAAGGAACCCCCAAAAAUAUAAACUUAUACGAAAGACCACUUGCUGUCCAACUGGCAUGAAGAAGGUGUGACAUCACAUGGACAUUCAAGAUCUUGUGAUCACUUUGUGAGUGUGGCAUCUAUUUACGGUGCUGAAACGUUAUACCUCUGUUGGGAAUGAUGGCGAGCGCCAGACUGGAGCAUUGCGUGUAUUACGUGAUGAGAGGCACCGAAGCACCUCUCUAUUUAUAACGGAUCAUAGGGCCUGACACAUUGCACUCUCACAACAUAUGGACGGCUGACCAGAGGACACGUAGAGAAACAGCAUGCCACUGCUGGGACACCGGAGCAUAACACUCUAUAUAGGAGUGGCACAACAGCAGGAGGCUUAACAGGUAGUGGUGAAACUGUUUUGUAACCCUUCCUCACAAUGGAUGACUAUGAACACAGUGUGCACGUCUCCGAGGGUGACUGGGACUCCUUCUUCCAGGAGUGCGAGGAGUGUGACCUCCACCCCCCCGCGCUGGCUGGAUUGGACUCUAGCAUUAGUGACUACAGCUUGAGUGACGUUGAGGAUGCGGGAGGGUCCACUUUCUUAGACAAGGGUCUGCGAGUUGACCUCAAGUCAGAUGCUUGGGAGGCUGUCUGCCCCAUGGACGGCCCCCGGGAUUCCGAGGGUUCUCCCGUGGAGCAUUACCUCAACAAGUACAGUGUCAGUAGCUUGGAGAAUGUCUUGUCGUGCAGCGAGGAUGAGGAUGUGCACCUGGAGUCUAUCAAUAGGUUCUUUGAGAGGCUUAAAAGUCUCCCAGAGGCUGAACAGUUUAUUGAGCACAGCCAAGCAACAGUGGGGAAAAGCAGCAAGGUGGGGCAGGGGGAGGUGUGUGGUGAUGGGCCACGAGCCAAUGACGACGCUUUGCCAAUAAACAACCCAGAUGUCAACUCACUGUCUGCCAGCAGUGAGGCAGCAACUGGCAUGGAAACCACAGAGCUAGACAAUGCCAACACAACAGAUAGGCCUGACUCCAAGGUGGCUCCUGAGCUCCUAGUCAAUGAUGCCUCUGAGGGCAAGACAGACAAAUCCACCAAUCCCAAUGUAGAGUUGGCCAUCAGAGAGAAGGAUUGGAUGUUGUUGCCAGCAAAUGAAGCAGGGAGACUGAAAAGGGAGGGUCAAUCCUGUGACUUACUCAAAGCAAUAUUGGAAAUGACAGCCGACUCAUUAAAGACACCUGCCUCUGGGAAAGUGCUGAACUCAGAAUUAACUGUAUGCAAAAGUGUGGGUGAUGAGAGUAAUGGGGAUAUCAUGUUAGAUAAACCACUUCUUAAGAAAACCUCUGAUUCAUGCCUUAACCCUGAUAGGAAUUCAUCUACAAACCUUGAAGUGAUGCCACACAAUAAAUCAACAGAAGGCCUUGCUGUCACAUCACCAAAGAAAGACCCAGAACAGCAGAGCGUAAGGAGCCCAGAUCAGUCUCCAACAUUCACCAUUAAAAAGAAGAGAAGGAGAAAAAAAACGGUCAGUAUUGUGGACACUGGCCAAGGGUACAAGAGGCAAUUCUUUGCCAAUCAUAGUGACUCUGAGGCGGAGAGAUGUGCAUGGGGAAUAGAAAUGGAUGCUCACGUAAGACUAUCAAGAGAUUACACUGCAGUUUGCAUGAAUGAGGCCGGCUGUGAGCAUAUCAAAUCCUCAGCUCACCAAACUCAGAGUUUUCAUUGUCCACCUACACACUCAGAAAUACUCCAAGGGAGAGCCAGAAACAAUGUGACACCUGGCCCGACUGCAGUGGAGCAUGACGAAGUGAGCCUCAAUUUACCAACUCCCCUUCUAAGAGACCGUCAAAGUCAAACACUAACUGAGAAGAAUGAGUUGAGGCCAGUAAAAGCUGAGCCUCUUGGUAUGGAGGCGAACUGCAAACAAGCCAAAUCUAGCUUACCUGUAAACAGUGAAUGCACUGAUAGAUCAACAUCCCCACCAGGUCGAGAUGUUGACAGCGGUUUGUCAACACCUAAUUAUGACGAUAAUGUGGCAGCAAAUUUACAGCCAAGCAGCGCAUUACAAUUACAGCCAUCAACAGAAUCUAAAGAAUGUCCUGGAUUGCCAGUCUCGAUGUCCACCUGUGCUUCUAGUGAGUCAUCUCCAGUCACAGAGGAAGCAAAGUUUGGCCCAGAUAACAUCACAAAAUAUCAAAGGGAGUCUGGGCCUCUGCAACUGCACGAAGUGAAUGGAAAGACUCAAAACAGGGACGCCUCAUCUGAGAUUCUCAAUACACCAGAAUCAACAGAACAUAACACCGCACACAGAAAGAACAACUUACUCAUCUCUAAAGGCAGCAGUGGUGUUGUUUCAAACACAUUGCAACUGCCUGCUCAUGAAAACAUAGUCCUCAAGAUGCACCAAGAAUUUAAACAUGUACUCAUCCCAACUCUUGAUAAGAGUAUGCCAUCAGAAGUGGUCAGCACUAACACAACACUAAAACCUACCAAGACACCAUUGUUUGGCCAAAUCAAUAGUUUCAAUGAGCCCUGCUGUUCAAAAUCAGAUGACGUAAUCAGUCAAACAACAUAUGGAAACCAGACAGUUAAUCCUGUAUUAGCAAUACCUCUUUUUACUGUCUCUUGUUACUCUGUUAUUCCAAAGAGUGCUAUGAACUCUAAUCAGGCAGAUGAAAUAAAUAAAACUUAUAUAAGUUAUAAUGUCACUGAAAAAGACCCUGAUUCGUGUACUCCAGAGAAUGUCCCAUUAACUCAAUCAAAUAUUUCACUUUCGAAUUCCCCUGAAUUACAAAUGGAAAGUAACCAAAUUGUUGGGUUUCAGUCUAACAAAACAUAUAUGACAGCACUGCCAGAUAAACGUAACACUGACAUAGACUUGCCAAUGACGUUAUUUGAAACCUCUGAUACACCUGAUAUUCAAACCAGAUUCAAUGGUCAAGAAGCAGAACUUUCUGUAGGCAAAGCAACAAGGGAAAUGUCUGAACAUGACAGUCAGGAUACGUCUCGAGAUACUCCAGAACUCAAAGUUGAGAUAGAGGUCAAAACAGAGGACACUGUUAGCACAGCCAAAACAGCAGAGUGCGAGGGGAUUGAAAAAGCACCCGACGAAACACGUCCUGUGUAUGCCAUCUCCACUUUUUGGAAUGAGAUGGAGAAGCUGACCAUUAAUGACAUUUUGCGACUACGUAUGGUCAGCAAUGCCCACCAGUCCAGUGUUCUCCCCCAGCCACCAGAGGCUGAGGCAGCCGACAGCUCUGAUGCCGCAGACUCAGGCUACUUCACUCACUUGGACGACUCCAAACCUCACCGCUCCAGUGGCGACAUUUCCACCAUUUCUGAUUUUGACAAAAAAUUCUCACAAAAAAAAAAUGCUGAUAAUCCAAGCACUGAUCCAAUCACGAGAAAUGAAUCAUCCAACUCUAUUGGUAUCUUAUGGGAAAGCGAGCCAGACUCAGUUAGCGUUGGGGCUGGUAUAUACCCAGAAAAUGUUGCAAUGCUAAGUUCCGCAAGUUACAUCCCCCGUCCAAUCUUUUCAGGCAGUGCCCCACAGUACGUAAGAAAAAUUAGCAAAAACGUCAGUGUGCAGAACCUACUAGCUCUGGAAGUUGAACCACUUUGCCAGGUGUUGAAAGGUCAGGCCUUACCAGCUGUUAUAUCAGAGGAAAGAGAAUCAGAAAUGGAGUCCUGCAGUGAUGGACAUUUAGUGAGGCAGCACAGUAGCAUGAAUUCUUUACCUUCAGCAUCUUUUUCAGAGGAUGUGUCAACAGAAAGCAAUCAGAUCUCUUUCUCUGAGAUCAUCCAGUACGUCUUUGGAGGAAAUAAAUCGGAGGCCAGUCCAUCGGAAACAAACAACAUGACCGCCUACUAUGUCAACAGUGAUUCAGUCCCUGAUUAUGAGCAUUUCUACUCCGAGUUUGAUGCAGGAAGCUUCUUCUACCCUGUCAGGGAGGCAUCAAUCCACAACAAGGAUGAGCAGUUGCCCAUCUUUUCCUGCGGACAUUCGGCCAACAAGAAUCUUCAGUUCCCGGAGGCCUACGAUCAUUUAUUCUCCAGUGACUCGUCUGCAGACUCGGAUGAGGAAGAUAACCAAGUCAGAAGUCCGAUCCGGGUGAUCACGCGGUUGAACCAUAAGCCAAAUGAGACCCAAGGUGUAAUAGUGGCUCCGGACAUAUAUGAGGACUUUUUCACAGACGAGGGUCUAAGUGAGAACUUCUUCUGGAAAAACAAUUUCUCCCUACGGAAGGUCCGCCUCACUGGCUCCACCAGCCAAAGUCAGAGAUCUGACUCCUGGUCGCUGGUUCCUGUGGAUGAGAUCAAGAGUUCAUUCUGCAGAAGCAUUAGACCCAUCCACACGCUGGGCAUCCAAGACCAGCCUUUUCCUGAUCAACUGCUGUACAACCUAGAAGGCAGGAUCUUCAGACAGCUGGCCGAACAGAAGAGGAGAUAUCCGGAUCUGCAGAUGGCUGUUGCUAAUCCCAGAUUAGAUGCCUCCCUUGUACCUCUCAGACAGUCAGACAUGUGUUUAGUCUGCAUCGCAUUCGCCUCCUGGGUGUUGAAGUCCGCUAACCCACAAGCUGGAGAUGCCUGGAAGGCUGUUCUCCUGGCCAACAUAAGUGCGCUGUCUGCCAUCCGAUACCUGCGGAGAAGAGGCAGGGAAGAGGCAUCUGGAGAGAAGCCAUAACAUCAAACACCCUCCAUCUGAUACAGGGACAGUCACCAUGCACAGCUACGCCCUUCCUAAGUUGACCUCUUACUCCCAUGGAAACUGAAUUCAUCUUGGGUACUUUGACGUUCAGUCCUAUCAGGGUUCCUUGGGACGUCGUACCCUAACCCAUUAACCAUUUGACAUUUCUACUUCAAUGGGGUAGGGACGACCCAAGGAUACCGUUUAGCAUGGACCAUCCUUUGACUGCAAGUGAAAUCUGUGGUUUCCUCUUGUAAAAAUAUCGAUUUUUUUUUAAAUAGAGGGCUAAAGCUAUGUUUUGCUGUGCCUGAAAUGUUUGCACUAUAACUUAGCAAGUUAGCAAUAAAAAAACAUGUUCAAUCCACUGAAAUGGUCAAGAUAGUGUGUAUGAUAAUAUUCCUGUAUGCCAUUUUUUAAGAGUGUGUUUGAGGUCCGUUAAUGUCAUUUGGAUAAAUAUAACCUAUAACAAGGGUUUAGAUGACAACAUCCUUGGGUAAGAGAUGUAUGAUAUUUAUGAGCGUACUAAAAGAGACAGAUAUAUUGAGAUUUCAUAAUGAAGGUAACAAAAUGUAGAGAAGAGACAUAAGAUGCCAGUGGAAAGUGCUCUAAGAGAUAUACACUGUCAAUGUGUUAGGAUGAGGACAUGAAUAUAGUGUGUAUGUUUUGGAAUUGAAUGACAAAUAUUAGUAAAGGUAAAGUAAAGGUACAGAAUGGAUAUAAAAAAUAUAGCUAUGUUUGAUUAUUCAAUCAACGUCAAAGUAUUUUACUAUGUGAAAUCAUCGCAUACCCCAAUACAAAACAACGGUGUGUUAUAUGGGGUGACAGGUAGCCUAACGGUUAGAGCUCUGAGCCAGUAACCAGAUUUAUUUAGGGGACUACAAACACGUGGCAUUGUUUUUUGUUUAUACAUAAUUACGGCUGUUUUAUUUGAUGGCCUCUAUUAGAUGACUUUCUGUCAUUGUAUGGUUUGUUCUGUGAACUGUGGAUGUAUUACGUUUCAAAUAUAUGGCAUUUCAGAGUUGA